GGGUUUUCAAGGUCAUGGCGCUAAGUUCGGCACCUGAUGCUUACGUACGGUCGGUUUACAGCGGAUUUUAGGGAAGACGUGAUAAUUUAGCGUCUACAAUAGAAGUCAUCAUAAGAUUUUGGCGCGAAAUUCAAUUAUCCAUUUGGAUAAAUAGAGUUUUGACAUUAUAGCUGAUUUCAGUUCGUGAUGAAAACCCUAAGUACAAUUCCUAGCCUUAAUCAUGGACUGGAAAUCAUAAUUUGAAUUCUUCACAUAGGUUUAUAACCCUUAUUUGGUCCUAGUUAUUAUGUUGACACUCUCAGAGUCACUCUAGCGUCGCUCAAAGGUCCAUAACUUAUAGUCUCACCCAUAACCCUAAACCCUACACCUAAACCUUAACUCUAACCCUAACCCGUAAACCAUACCAAUAUACUAACAUUAUUGAAGCUAUGUGGUCGGGGCUAAAAGAAUUUUUGAGUCCUUAUCAUGGUUUCAGAGGUCGACUACUAUGGAGCCAUAUGGAUGUGUUCCUGUACCGUAUGCACUAUGAUUUUAGAAUUUCUGAACCUAUAUCUGACCUUGAGAAGUUUUUGACCCAUGUAAAAGAAGUGUUUCCACUUUAAUUCUUUGGUUUUGCAUAAUAUAUUUUAACUGUAUGCUAACUAUCUUCUGAUUGGCUAAUAUUUCUCAAGGUCAUUUAAGAUUCGUCCUAAGGUCGGCAGUAUAGUUUAAUGUUACCACUGACUCGAAUGUUUUACUUCUUUUUGGGAAAAUUAUGCUAUUUUGUCGUUAACGCUGAUUUUGUUCCAUUGUUCCUGGCAUUUAAUCUCACUUAUUUCGUCUCAUUGCUGUGAUAUAGUUCCAUACAUUUGUUUUUGAUUCAAACUGCAUAGUAUGGAUGGUUUUGAGUGUUUUGAUGACGGUGAUGUUCAAGAGGAAGACUUUAAAGGAUUUUUUUAUGGAUGUUAUAUUCUGUUAUCCCUAAACCCAAAGUUCCGUGGUAAAACUUACAUAGGUUUUACUGUAAAUCCCAAGAGACGCAUACGACAGCAUAAUGCUGGUUGUUUAAAGGGUGGGGCGAAGUCCACUGCUGGUAAAGGACCAUGGGAAAUGGUUUUGAUCGUUUAUGGGUUCCCAAAUGCGAUAUCUGCAUUAAGAUUUGAAUGGGCGUGGCAAAAUCCCAACUUAUCACGUCGACUCAAAGAUUCCCUUCCAGUUAGGAAAUCAAGAGAAACCAGUUUUGACUACCGUUUACGCGUUUUAGCGCUAAUGUUAUGCACAGGACCUUGGAACCGUCUGGGUUUAACUAUUCAAUGGAUCAAACAGUCAUGUGCACGUAAUUUAUCGGAAAAUUUGGUGCCUCCCCUGCACAUGCCAAUAGCCUUUGGACCCAUUGAACCAAACUGUUUAGAAAAUCCCGGUACUAACAUUGCGUCAUUCGGUCUUUGUCAGAUUUGUCACAUUCCAUUUUCAGUUGAUUCCUCAGUACCACUGACUUGUCCAAGUUCUUGUCCCCUUGGUAAAUGGCACUUACUAUGUCUAGCAAACUAUAUGACUCAGGCUGAUAUUGUGCCUGAUCGUUCGGAAAUAUCAUACUUGAUACCUUUGUCCGCUUUAUGUCCCGCAUGCUUCAAUGCUGAACUUCUAUGACCAUCACUUAUAAAAUCAUGGAAAAUGAAAACAAUCGCUUCUAAAAAUUCUUGUUCGCCUACCGGUUUGUGAACUACUCAUUAGUAGCCCCCAUUAUGUACAUAAUAAUCAGUGUAAUUUAUGAUUUACUUUGAUUACUACUGUUUGAAAUAUAUUUUUUGGGUGCACUGUUCUUUUGAU